UGACCGCACGUCACAUGCUGAGACAGCUCGGCUCGUGGUGACAGCAGCGCUGUGGUGGGACACUGUGUGCGGCCCCCCCAGCGCCGCGGGGCAGGGCAACGGCGGCACAGAGGCAGUGCGGGAGGAUGCUGGUGGCUGGAGGAUGGAGGAGGCAGUGGUGAAGCAGGGUGUGCUCUACCUCCAGCUGCACCAGACCUUUGGGAAGAAAUGGAGGAAGUUCUGGGGUGUCUUGUACCGGGAAAGCUCCUGCUCCACUGCCCGCCUGGAGCUAUUUGAGGGCUCAGCACCACUGGCCACUGAGAAGCUGCGGAAAGGUGAGGGCAGCAAACGGCUGGUCAAGCUGAGUGACUGUGUGCACGUGGCAGAGGCAAGCAGUGAUGCUGGCUGCCCCAAGGAGACCAUCCCCUUCCUGAUAGAGACUACUGACAAGCGGUACCUCUUGGCUGCUGACGGCACCGAGGCAGCCAACUGGAUCCAGAAGCUGUGUGAGCUGGCCUUCCAGAGGAGCAGAGAGGAGCAAGCAGCAGGCAAGGUUGACCAGCAGAGCUCUGGUACCAAUGGCAAGUUCUCCAUGGAGGAAAAUUCCCUCUACAGCUCCCGAGGCAAAGUUGGCGUGGAGCAGGUGUUUGAGGUGACAGUGAGGGCCACCGAAUCCUCCGAGCGCUGCCGGCUCUGGGGCCGGUGCAUCCUGCAAGCUGGUGAGGAGGCUCUGGAGCUGCGGGAUUUCCAGACCUUGGAGGUCCUCUACAGCUGGCCCUACCACUUCCUACGGCGCUUUGGGCGGGAUAAGGUGACCUUCUCUUUCGAGGCUGGCCGGCGCUGCGCAUCUGGAGAAGGCAACUUUGAGUUUGAGACCAGGCAAGGCAAUGAGAUCUUCCAGGCAAUCGAGUCAGCCAUCAACGUGCAUCGGGGUUGGGGGGCUGAGGAGUUGUGGCGGGGCAGCCCUGGGCAUGAUGCUUCCCGGCCACUUGGCCACACCAAGAUGCCCAGCUGGACACAGGGGUAUGAGGAGCCUGGCAGCACCAAGUCCCCCUUGCUAGAGCCCACCUGGCAGGGGAAUGUGCCAAAAGCCAAGAUGGCAAUGCCCCCCAGCAGCUGCUCUGGGGCUGGGGAGCUCUCAGGCUCCCUCCCACCCUCCCAUGGUGCCAGUUGCCCCUAUGCUGAGCCCUGCAACUCCCUCCACCGGGACACCCCCCUGGUCCCAGAGAAGACCUGGAGGCAGGAUGCUCUGGCCAAGGCAGAUUUCAAAUCUGAGUACGCAGUCCCCUUCGAUGCCAUCACCAAGACCUUCAUGGCUCACAAGUUCAGCAGCCACAUAUGUUGUCCUGAGGAAGUCCCUGACCCCCUCUACGACAGCAUCAGGGAGGCAGGGGGACAAGCAGGCAAGCAACCCCCACCGCUGCACACUGCCACCAAGCCCGACCACAUCUAUGAUGAGCCUGAGGGCCUGUCCAUGCACACCGUCUAUGAUGAGCCUGAGGAGGUGAAGGGGGAGGCGUGGAGGCUGCAGGCAGCCCCGGAGGAGCCCGCCGGGCACGAGUACCCCUACAACCCACAGCGGGAUGACUACGCGGUGCCCAAGAGACCCAUCCCUCUCCGGCAGCCCUUCCUGCUGCAAGGCAAGGAGUGGCUGGGCGACACUGAGUACGACAACGUGGCCCUCAAGUUUGCAACGAAAAGGAACCAGCAGUGAGCGACGACAGGGCAGCAGGAGGAGGAGAGGACAGCCCCCACCGCGACCCCAUCAGAGCUGAGACCCGCCGCAGCUCAGCGCACCCGUGGCACGGCGCGGGACGGCGGGCGGGGCGCGGCCGCUAGGGGGCAGUGUGCGCCCGCACGACGGCCGUGCCCCCGGACCCCCCCCAGCCCCGCGCCGCGCGUCUUGCCCCGGCCCCGGCUGCCCCCGCUCCUGCCGCCCCGGCCCCAGCUGCCCCCGCUCCUGCCGCUCCUGCCUCCCCCGCUCCUGCCGCCCCGGCCCCAGCUGCCCCCGCUCCUGCCGCCCCGCUCCUCACCCACACAAGCCGCAGGAACCCCACUCGUGACCCCCCCUGCGCAGCCCCGGGCGAUGCGCGGCGCCGGGAUGCUCAGACCGCACCUCAGAGGCAGCCGCACGAUGCGCAGCUCACGCAGCCCGUAGAUGUCUCUUCGCCCUCGCUGAGUCGGCCCCGCGGCCGCACGCAGCCCCUCGCCCCCCGGGACGUGCCCGCCGUCACCCCGCAGCCAGCGCCGGGCACCGUGGCUGUCCGGAGGUCACGCCACAUCCUUGCUCAGCAGGAGCAGUGGCAUCAGUUUCUACAGUCUCAGCCACGAGUUUAUUUUUAAUUAUUUCUUUUGAAAUAAAACCACUUUCCAGCUCCUCUGAA